UAGGUAUAGUAUAGUCGGUGCAUUUUCUUUCAUCCAGUGAUGCUUCGUCCGUUUGACAUUUUACAAGUCGGCAACUUAACGGUGCUACAACGUGCGUGUUUCAACAUCGGAGUAUAGUGUUUUUUUUAUUUGAAAACUGUGUUGGGGGAAUCACGCUUCAAAUAAUUCAAUUACGAGAUGAUUUCAUAAUGCGAGAUGCCUCACACGAUCUUACGGCCCCAUCAUCCCGUCAAUGGCUAUGCCCAUCAUUACACCCAGAAUGGACAUGUCAAAAAUAAUGGGCAUGGUGGCAUGAACGGUACCGGAAGACCGUGGAUGAACGGACACGCUACGAAACCGGAGGACAAGCAGUCGACUUUAUCGAGAUAUUGCACCACUGAACGGCAGCGCCACUCUUCCAACUACCAAGCAAUCCGUCGAGCAUGUCGCGAGAGAGGCUCCCUUUUCGAGGACCCGGAUUUUCCGGCGGGCCCUCGCGCCCUCUACCACCACAAGAAGCCGUCCCUGCACCCGAUCGUGUGGAUGAGGCCCCACGAAAUGUGCCAGAGGCCGCGAUUCAUCAGCGACAACAACAACUCCGGAGAGAUGCGAUUCGCUGUCGAAGCCGGAGAAUUGGGCGACCAAUGGCUUUUGGCAGCUGUGGCCUCUCUGGCUCUAACACCUCGAUUCCUGGACCGGAUCGUGCCUCCGGAUCAAGGAUUCGACAACUCGCAUAACUACUGCGGAGUUUUCAGGUUUCGAUUCUGGCACUUCGGCGAAUGGAAGGACGUGAUAGUGGACGACAAGCUCCCCACUUUCAAGGGGCGCCUCGUCCACUUGCACUGCUCCAACACCACGGAAUUCUGGGCAGCUUUGCUCGAAAAAGCCUACGCCAAAUUCUACGGCUGUUACGAGAAUCUGGCGCAAGGUUCAACCACUCGCGCCCUCCAAGACCUGACCGGUGGCAUCGUCCAAAGUUUCGGCCUCACUCAUCAGGACCGCUUUUUGACAUUUCAAGUGUUAAACAGCGCUGUUCCCAGAUCUAGUCUACUGAUUGCGACCGUCACUCAGGAAAAAGAGAACAAAAGACAGCUGAGGCUACGCAAUGGGCUGAUCACCCAGCACGCGUACAGUGUAACAGGGUUGGCCCGAGUGAGAGGGCCGCAGGGCGAAACACCGUUGGUAAGACUGAGAAACCCAUGGGCGCGGGGGGAGUGGACGGGGGCGUGGAGUGAGCGGUCGUGGGAGUGGGACGGGCUGUCUACCAGGGACAAGGAGUUGCUGAGUGUGCGCGUAGCGAACGAUGGGGAGUUCUGGAUGUCGUUUGAGGACUUUUCCAAGCAUUUCACGCAGUUGGAUUUGGUCCAUAUUGGGCCUGAUGAUUGGAUGAUGGAAAGUGCCUUACAUUCGAAGCAACCAUGGAGGGCGGUUCUGGCCAGGAGGCGCUGGAGGGCGGGGUAUAACGCUGGGGGCGGGCCCAGCUAUGUUGACACGACGUCAAUGAAUCCACAAUUUCAUGUCCAAAUUCCGAGGACUUCAAGCAAUAAAUGUCACGUUGUGGUGUCCAUAACGCAAAGUUAUGAAACUAGCGUUGCUGAUAGCAAAAAGAAGAAGCCUCUCUAUGCCAUAGGGUUUGCCGUUUAUGAAGUACCUCAUUCGAUGCAAAGGCUAACUCCUCACUUCGUUGCGGAACAAAAACCUCUAGAUGUCACUAACCACUCAAUUGCCAGAGAAGUCGUAACUUUCUUUACUUUACCUCCUGGUGACUACAUUGUAGUACCACAAACCAAUAUCCCCAACCUGGACGGCAAAUUCCUUUUAAGAGUUUUUACGGACGAACAGAGCAACAUUUGGGAAGUCAACGAAGAUAACAUGAUUAUAAGAAACAUUUCGUCAGAACUGAUGGAAGAAACAGGACCUGUUACGCCCGAAGGCAAGUCAAUUUUGUCAAAACUCCUCACAAAAUUCCCCCCAGAAGUUGAUGCUAGUCAGUUACAAAAAAUUCUGAGGGCCCACUGGAAGUCGUACUUGUCCGAAAAACCGUCGUUGGAACUGUGCAAAAGCUUGAUCAUGUUGCGUGAUUACAACAUUAGUGGCCGCAUUAACUUAAUGGAUAUUCCCGUGUUGAUGCAUAUGCUUCAAUUUUGGAGAUGCGCUUUCCAAAAAUUCGAACGAGGUCACGGCAAUGGUAAAACUUCAAGUUAUCAUCUUCGAGCUCUGUUAUGGGAGGCCGGGUGUACUGUUAGCAAUAAAGUUCUAGAAUGUUUGGUGCUUAGGUUUGCCAAAAAUCGGAUUCUGACAACAGAGAAUUACGUGAUGGCCUUAGUACGCUUGCAUUUAGCGCACGAACGGUACCAUAACAUUGAUACGAAGAUGAAGAGCAAUCCUUUGUCUUUAGAAGAAAUGAUCUUGAUGACUAUUUAUUCAUGAUAGCUUUCCGGUGAUGUGUCUAGAAGCCAAAGAAUCUCUCCCUCCAGUCUGACUGUAAAUAAAAUGUGCAAAUAUUCCCUAUUUAUUUAUAAUUUAAGUACAAUCGUGUAAACAUGCAACUAAUAUAUGUUUCUUUAGC